AGAAAAACAAAAAAACUGUUGUUGGCGUUGUUGUGUCUCCGGGGUAUUUUUUUCACCAAUCAAUCAAUUUUUAAUUUGUAAUUUGAUCGCAUUUGCUGUGAAAGCAAAAUCAAAGUUGCUGACCGCGGAUCGUUCGUGCUCUCGGUGUGAAGCGGAGUGUGCUGGGAGGCAAUCAGUAAACAUGCAAAAGUACGAAAAGUUGGAGAAAAUCGGCGAAGGAACGUACGGAACCGUGUUCAAAGGGAAGAACCGGGACACGCUCGAAAUUGUGGCUCUUAAACGGGUCCGGCUGGACGAGGACGACGAAGGGGUGCCCAGUUCGGCGCUGCGGGAAAUUUGUCUGCUGAAGGAGUUGAAACAUAAAAACAUUGUCCGGCUUUACGAUGUGCUUCAUUCGGACAAGAAACUGACUCUUGUUUUUGAGCACUGCGACCAGGACCUUAAAAAAUACUUUGAUAGUUUGAACGGCGAAAUUGAUCCAGAUGUUGUGAAGAGCUUCAUGUACCAGUUGCUUCGGGGAUUGGCCUUUUGCCACAGCCAUAACGUGUUGCACCGUGAUUUAAAGCCCCAGAAUCUGCUGAUCAACAAAAACGGCGAACUGAAGCUGGCCGAUUUCGGGUUGGCCCGGGCUUUUGGCAUUCCGGUCAAAUGUUACUCGGCGGAAGUGGUCACGCUUUGGUACCGACCACCGGAUGUUCUGUUCGGUGCCAAGCUGUACACGACCAGCAUCGACAUGUGGUCAGCGGGUUGCAUCUUCGCCGAGCUUGCUAAUGCCGGUCGUCCGCUUUUCCCAGGGUCGGACGUCGACGAUCAGUUGAAGCGAAUUUUCAAGCUGCUCGGAACGCCCACGGAGGACACCUGGCCGGGCAUCACACAGCUGUCUGAUUACAAACCAUUCCCUUUGUACCCACCGACGACGUCCUGGAGCCAGCUGGUGCCCCGGCUCAACUCUAAGGGCCGCGACUUGCUGCAAAAGUUGCUCAUCUGUCGACCUACGCUGAGACUGAGCGCGGAACAGGCGAUGGCGCAUCCGUACUUUACGGAAAACUGAAAGCGGUUAUAGCUUGGUGGGCGCCAGCUGUCCCGUCCAGCGUGGCUACCCGGUUGACCGCGUGUACUCUCAGUGUCAGUGCUUUUCCUUGAACCAACUUGUGUGAUGUAAUUUUAAGUUAAUUUUUCGUUACUUAUUGUGUUGAUUGUUUUUUUUUUCGAAUGCUAGUGAGUUUGCUUGAAAAAAUCAAUACCUCUAACUACAAAAUCUAUCAACGAUGCCAUAAAUAUAAACCAGUUGCAUUAGAACGUCAAUAAUUAUUCUGCAU